ACAGAGAAACGUCAGUUUGCUUUGAAAAUGGCUGCCGUACAUAGAGAAGCUAUACAGAAACAAAUUCAGCAAGACUGGGCAAAUCGCGAAUAUAUCGAAGUCAUAACUGGAAGCAUUAAGAAAAUAACUGACUUCCUCAAUUCAUUUGAUAUGUCAUGCAGAUCAAGAAUAGCAGUUCUUAAUGAGAAGCUUACCACACUUGAAAGACGAAUUGAAUAUCUUGAGGCAUGUGUCACUAAAGGAGAGACAUUGACAUGAGACGUUAGUGAAAGUUAUAUUUUAAGAUUUUUUCCAUUUAUUGUAAUUACGUACGAAUAAACAUACACUAAAGAUGA